UGGCGGCCCCGGAGCUCCCGCUGCCGCGUUCCCCCUCCCCUCCCGCGGCCGCGCUCCUCCUCGCCGCGGAGGAGGCGGCGGCGCCGCCACCGCCAGCCCCCCCCCCUUUCCCCCUCCCCCGGUUUUCAUUUCAGUGCAGCUCUCCUCUCUGUGGCAAGGGCUGCCUUUUGAAGCAGCACAUUCAUUCUCCCCCUUCAAGCACUAGAAGUCUCAUUUGCCAGCUUCAGAACCAUGGCAACAGAAGAAAAGAAGCCAGAUGCAGAAUCCACCAAAACACAAUCUACUCCUUCCUCGUCGACCAAUCAGAGCAAGCCUGCGCCAGUAAAACCAAACUAUGCUCUAAAGUUCACAUUAGCAGGACAUACAAAGGCAGUCUCAUCAGUAAAGUUUAGUCCUAAUGGAGAGUGGCUAGCCAGCUCCUCUGCUGACAAACUCAUCAAAAUUUGGGGAGCAUAUGAUGGCAAAUUUGAAAAAACAAUAUCUGGUCAUAAACUGGGUAUCUCUGAUGUUGCUUGGUCAUCAGAUUCCAACCUUCUUGUCUCUGCCUCCGAUGAUAAAACUCUCAAAAUAUGGGAUGUAAGCUCGGGUAAGUGCUUAAAGACAUUGAAAGGGCACAGUAACUACGUUUUCUGCUGCAACUUCAACCCUCAGUCAAACCUCAUCGUUUCUGGAUCAUUUGAUGAAAGCGUGAGGAUAUGGGAUGUGAAAACAGGGAAGUGCCUCAAGACAUUGCCUGCUCAUUCUGACCCAGUUUCAGCUGUGCAUUUUAAUCGUGAUGGAUCCCUGAUCGUGUCAAGUAGCUAUGAUGGACUCUGUCGAAUCUGGGAUACAGCAUCAGGGCAGUGCUUGAAAACACUGAUUGAUGAUGAUAACCCUCCUGUGUCUUUUGUGAAAUUCUCACCAAAUGGUAAAUACAUACUAGCUGCAACUUUGGACAACACUCUUAAACUUUGGGACUACAGCAAAGGAAAGUGCCUGAAGACUUACACAGGACACAAAAAUGAGAAGUACUGCAUAUUUGCAAAUUUCUCCGUUACUGGUGGAAAGUGGAUCGUGUCUGGUUCAGAAGACAACCUCGUUUAUAUUUGGAACCUUCAGACAAAAGAGAUUGUACAGAAAUUACAAGGACAUACAGAUGUUGUAAUCUCAACAGCUUGUCACCCAACAGAAAACAUCAUUGCAUCAGCGGCACUAGAAAACGACAAAACAAUUAAACUGUGGAAGAGUGACUGUUAAAUGUUCCAGUAUCACUUUAGAGACUGUCAGGAAAAAAUGUUUUUAAAAAAAUAUUAAAAAAAACCACAUGAGAAUAAUAAAUCCAGUAUGGCAGGAAACCUGAAGAAUAUUUGAUAAAGUGGUUUCUGUUAGUCUUGGCCCAAAGAAAACGCCUUAGCUCUUUGCUAGAACCGGGCAACGUGGUGGGAAAAAAAAAAGAUGCAGUGUCUCCUUUUCUUGCCUAAUCUUUUGGCAGACAAAUGGAUCAUUCUGACAUCGCGUUAGAAGUGUCAGCCUUGUAUUGGACACCCCAAAGAUACUGUACUUUUUGGUGGCAUUACUUCUGGGCACUGUUGCUGCCUAAGGAAGAGCUGCCAGUCUACUUUGUAACAGUAAGUUAAGUCAUGAGCCUAGAGAUGUGUGGAAUUUUUUUUAAAUGUCUAAUUUUUUAUUUUUUUUCCAGACUGUAGGUUCUAGUCUCUUGGGAAGUUUCUGUAUUGUUUUAAAUAGGAGUACUGCAUCUUUAAGGGUGCUUCAUUUUAAACACUCAGCUCAAACUUUGUGACCAAAUAAAACCAUGCAGUUCCAGAUUUCCCUCUUCCUGCCCCUGACUUGACUCCUGUGGUGAAAGCUCCUCUUACCUUCUGUAUAGUUGCUUACCUCGUUACGUGUGUUUAAUAGAUACUGUUCUAGAGCAAAGUUACAGUUCUUCUGUUAACCAUUAAAAUGAAUCUUGCUUGUAGUUGUUCUCGGCAUAUUUUAAUUUUUUUUUCUCUUCUGGUUAUAAAGCAAGCUCACAGAACACUGUAAAGUUAUUUCAAUGUAAAAAGAAAAAACCCAGACUUUUGUAUCUUGAAAACCCAUCGUAUGAAACUGUAUUAAUAAUGGCAUGACUCUGUACCUAUUUCAGCGUUGGUAUUUCUUUCCCUUUUUGUCAUACCCAUGUGGUAUUUACACAUCCAGAAAAAUACCAUAUGCCAUAAUAAAAAGGUGGGAUUUUAUGUGUA